CGGGACCGACUCAUCUCCCGUCGAGCCGUCGAGGGUAUGAUCGCCGAAGGGCACAUCAUCGUCGUCUACGAAGGUCAGGUGUUGAACCUGGACGGAUGGAUGGAUAAGCAUCCCGGUGGGAAACUGCCUCUGAUGCACAUGAUCGGGGUCGAGGCUGGCAGUGAGAUCAAUGCUUACCACUCGGAAAGCACCUUGAAACGGAUGACGGCCUACCGUAUCGGCCGAGUCGACGGACACUGGAAAAACUUCCUGCCUCCCAUUCGGGGAGGUGUCUUUCGAAAGCUUGCUGUACACGACUGCCAUGAUCGAGCGUGCGGUACGGCGUGCACGGGAGCGAGUGGAGAUAGCGAGAACGACUCGGUUCAGGAUUCUGGAUACUGGUCGGCUACCGAUGAGAGCGAGGCAGAGGCUUCUUCUGCGCAGAGCGAGGUCCAAGGAGCCGAUGAUGCCGAGGCUGCUGGACUUCGUCGUCGUCCCGGGAUCGACAAAGGUCUCGCAGAAUAUCCUUCGCCUGACGUCGAGACCCAACGCGUCGUCGCCGAAAAGUUCAAGGCGCUGCACAAACGUGUCCAGGACGAGGGGUUCUACACCUGUCGAUACCGCAACUAUGCCAAGGAGAUGGUCCGGUAUACCUUGCUCUUCUCGCUCUUCAUCGGCUUCCUCCGUUCGGGGUACUAUUUCACCUCGGCCAUGUUCCUCGGGUUCUUCUGGCAACAAAUCAUGUUCACCGCUCAUGACGCCGGACACCGUGGAAUCACGGGCAAGUUUAUCCCAGAUACCCUCAUCGGAAUCUUCAUCGCCGACUUUUGUUGCGGACUCUCCAUCGGCUGGUGGAAAUCGUCCCACAACGUCCAUCACCUCGUCACCAACUCGCCUGAACACGACCCGGACACCCAGAACGUACCCAUCUUUGCCACCUGCCCGUCCCAGUUCCGGGAUUCACAUUCGUCGUACUACGAUUUCACCUAUGUGUGGGACAAGGCGGGCGAGUUGAUGGUUCCGUACCAAAAGUACACGUAUUACCCGAUCAUGGCCGUCGCCAGGUUCAACCUGUACAUCCUCAGUUGGUGCCACUUGCUCUCUCGACGAAGCAAACCUCUCGGUGCCGCCGCCUGGACCCGUCCGGCCGAACUCGUCGGCAUGACCUGCUACUGGUUCGUUUUCGGCUACCUCCUCGUCCUCAAGACCUUGCCCGAUUGGUACACCCGGGUCGGGUUCGUCCUCAUCUCGCACAUGAUCACCAUGCUGCUCCACGUCCAGAUCACCUUGUCCCACUGGGGUAUGCCUACGAGCGACCUCGGCACCGACGAGUCCUUCGCCCAACGACAGCUCCGAACCACGAUGGACGUCCUCUGUCCGGCCUGGAUGGAUUUCGUUCACGGAGGUCUUCAAUUCCAGGCGAUCCACCACCUGUUCCCCAGGGUUCCGCGUCACAACCUCCGGUCGCUCCAACCGAUCGUCGAAGAGUUUUGCGUCGAGACCGGGGUGAGGUACAACAUUCACGGGUUCGUUGAGGGAAACGCCUGUGUGCUCAGUAAACUCAAGGAUAUCAGCCAUCAACUGCACAUGCUCAGCAAGUGUCAAGACCACAUGGCCGAGACGGGCGAGAGCGGAUUGUAGGACGGGGCUGUCUCGCACGGUUUGAUACGGCACGGAAAUCGUCGAUAGGAUUGCGAAAUCGCAAAGCGGAGAACGAAAAAAAAAACGGACAGUCGCCAUGUAGGACGGUCUCGAAUUUCACGACCUUUUCAUAUACCCAUCUGUUGUUUGUAUACCACUGGGAAUGUAGAUACCUUCUGGAUCCCUUGUCUUGUCCGGAAAGACUGCAACAUACCCGAUCGCAUGUCAUGUUCAGAAUGUUGUUGUGGAAUUGCUACCAUUCCUUCGAACGGUCUAAAACUUCUGAUCCGUAUCAGUCCGUCUCGCCGUCAGGUUUGCCCGCUGCAGCCGU